AUGCGGACACGCGGAGACGGAGCGAAUGUUCCCAUUCGAGACUCGCGAUGGUCGGCGCGAUCCGACUCCGGUUCGGGAUGCACGCAGCAAGGUGGCGUCGGUUCGAUCGCGAACGGUGUCGGUUCGUCGGUGCAACUGUUCGACGGCGUUCCGACGCUAAUCGGUUUACGCGCAGGGCCGCCCGAUGAAGAAAUCGAUUGUGCAAUAGGAAUUUUGCAUUUCGCGAUCGUCAGCCUUACCGAAUUCGCCGCUAUACGAAAUCGUCCGACGCCGUUUCGAACCGAAUCGAUUGUGGCGGGCGGUGGAAGGGGCCGGGGUUCGGGGAGACUUCGCGUAUACGUCGGCUCGAGCGGUGAUCGCGAAACGCCGCCGACGAGCGGCAACAAGAAACGAAAUUAAUUAAUAAUAAUAAUAAUAAUAAUAAAAAAAUAAAUAAAUCGUUACGAAAAUAUUAAACAUCGUAUUUGGGUAUUCGGUAUCCGACGGCAACAUAAAUAAUAAUACGAUUAUAAACGUUUUCGGGCGUUUAAUUAAAUUAUACCUAUUUAGCGCGCGAAACGAAAUACGGUCGCUCGUCAAUUAAUAACGAAUACGUU